AUGGAUCGCGACAGCAGGGAUCCCAAGCGGCGGAGGCUCAACUUCAACCCCUUACGAUCCGAUGACCGCUGGGGCGACUUACCUUCGCGGAACGGCCGCUUCUCGUCAGGCCGUUCGACUCCCCGUGACAAUCGUGAUGUGGCCACGCCUGAGCCGGCCAAAGCCGACGACUUUGAGGCGCAAGACCAAGAUGAUACAGCCCUCGACCGGGACUGGUACGCUGGAGACGAGUUCGGGCACGCCUUCGGCGAUGAAUCUCACAACCCUUUCGGCUCGUACACAGUGGCAGAGUCCCAGCAAGCCGAACGAGACCUAGUUGAGAAGCGUGUUGGACGGUUUGACAAGCAAAGCGCACGGCAGGCCCAGAAACAAAAGGAGAUCGAUGCGUGGGAGACAAACCGGAUGCUGUCUUCCGGAGUAGCGCAACGCCGCGGUCAGGAAUUCGAGGACGACGAGGAUACUAUGCGUGUGCAUUUACUUGUUCACGAUCUACGGCCGCCAUUUCUGGACGGGAGGACAAUAUUUACGAAACAGCUAGACCCGGUGCCCGCGGUCAGAGACUACCAGAGUGAUAUGGCAGUGUUCAGUCGGAAGGGGAGUAAAGUUGUCAAGGAAAGGAGACAACAGCGGGAAAGACAGAAACAGGCGCAGGAAGCCACCAACAUCGCAGGCACGACGUUAGGGAAUGUCAUGGGCGUGAAGAAUGACGACGACACGGACAGCGCGCUGCCCGUACUGAAGGAAGAGGACGGCAAGGAGCCCGAGCCUCAGUCGAACAAGUUCAGCGAGCACAUGUCGAAGAACGACGGCGCAAGCAAUUUCAGUCAGAGCAAGACGCUGCGAGAGCAACGUGAAUUCCUGCCGGCUUUUGCUGUGCGCGAGGAUCUCCUGCGCAUCAUACGAGACAACCAGGUGGUCAUCGUGGUCGGCGAGACCGGGUCUGGUAAAACGACUCAGCUGACACAAUUUCUCUACGAGGACGGCUAUGGAAAUAGGGGCAUGAUCGGAUGCACACAACCCCGGCGUGUGGCGGCUAUGAGUGUUGCAAAACGUGUCAGUGAGGAAAUGGAGUGCAAGCUGGGUGGUACUGUUGGCUACGCGAUUCGAUUCGAAGACUGCACGAGCAAAGAGACGGUCAUAAAGUAUAUGACUGACGGUGUUUUGCUAAGAGAAUCCCUGAACGAGCAGGAUCUGGACCGCUAUUCCUGCGUCAUCAUGGACGAGGCUCACGAAAGAGCACUAAACACCGAUGUGCUCAUGGGCCUUUUCAAGAAAAUCUUGCAGAGGCGGCUGGACCUGAAGCUCAUCGUCACCUCGGCGACGAUGAACUCCAAACGAUUUUCAGACUUUUUCGGGGGUGCACCCGAAUUUGUUAUUCCAGGCCGGACAUUCCCAGUGGACGUGAUGUUUCACCGGUCACCCGUCGAGGACUACGUGGACCAAGCUGUUCAGCAAGUGCUGUCUAUCCACGUGUCGCAGGGACAGGGAGAUAUUCUUGUCUUUAUGACAGGCCAGGAGGACAUUGAGUGUACUUGUGAGCUGAUCCAAGAGCGGCUCGAUGCUCUUAACGACCCGCCAAAACUCAGCAUCCUUCCCAUCUACAGCCAAAUGCCCGCAGAUCUACAAGCCAAGAUCUUCGACCGAGCCGCUCCAGGUGUGCGCAAAUGUAUUGUGGCUACCAAUAUUGCAGAGACCAGUCUCACGGUUGACGGUAUUAUGUACGUUGUGGAUGCUGGGUAUUCGAAGCUUAAGGUCUACAACCCAAGGAUGGGUAUGGACACUUUGCAGAUCACUCCCAUCUCACAAGCCAAUGGAGGGCAGAGAUCGGGUCGUGCAGGAAGGACAGGCCCCGGAAAAGCCUACCGGCUCUAUACAGAGAAGGCUUUCAACGAUGAGCUGUACAUACAGACCAUCCCCGAGAUUCAGAGGACCAAUCUGGCCAAUACCGUGUUGCUCAUCAAGUCCCUCGGCGUCAAGGAUCUACUGGAUUUCGACUUCAUGGAUCCACCGCCGCAGGAGACAAUUACGACGUCUCUCUUCGACCUGUGGGCCUUGGGUGCGCUCGACAACAUCGGCGAACUAACCGACCUCGGUACUAAGAUGAAUGCCUUCCCGAUGGACCCCUCGCUCGCGAAGCUUCUCAUCAUGUCCGAGGAGUACGGCUGCAGCGAGGAGAUGGUGACAAUCGUGUCGAUGCUGAGCGUCCCCAACGUCUUCUUCCGCCCCAAAGAGCGCCAGGAGGAAUCCGACGCCGCGCGGGAGAAGUUCUUCGUCCCCGAGUCUGACCACCUCACGUAUCUGCACGUGUACUCGCAGUGGAAGUCCAACGGGUACAGCGACAGGUGGUGCUCGCAGCACUUCCUGCACUCCAAGUCGCUGCGGCGGGCGAAGGAGGUGCGGGACCAGCUGCUAGACAUCAUGCGCAUGCAGAAGAUGGAGAUGGUAUCGUGCGGGACCGACUGGGACGUCAUUCGCAAGUGCAUCUGCAGCGGCUACUACCACCAGGCUGCCAAGGUGAAAGGAAUAGGGGAGUAUAUCAACCUGCGCACCAGCGUCACCGUGCAACUGCACCCGACGAGCGCGCUGUACGGGCUUGGGUUUCUGCCGGACUACGUGGUGUACCACGAGCUCAUCCUCACGAGCAAGGAGUAUAUGUCGACGGUAACAAGCGUCGACCCGCACUGGCUAGCGGAGUUGGGCGGUGUUUUCUACUCAGUCAAGGAGAAGGGCUAUUCCGCUAGAGACAAGAGGGUCAUCGAGACGGAGUUCAACCGGAAGAUGGAGAUCGAGGCCAAGAUGGCCGAGGAUAAAAAGAAGCAGGAAGAGAAGCUCGCUUUGGAGGACCAACCCAAAACAAGCAGCAGCACCAGUGCGGUGAAGAAGAAGAUCGUCACGUCUGGAGCGGUCAAGAAACCUGUGGUCAAGAGACGGGGCGGUGGAAUGGCCUUCAGGUAG